GGAAGAAGGCGACGUGCCCAAACCAUUGGAAGAUGCCAAUAUCGUGAGCAGUAUUGAAACUGCAAUUGAACAGUGCAAAAAAACGCGUAAAUUUGAGCUCUGUCAUUUGAAAUUCAAUGAAGCGGAAAUCAAACAUCUUAAAGUGAAAUUAGAAAAUCUCCUCCACACACAUUCAGUCAAUGCGCUAAAAUUACGCAAUUGCAAUGUUAAUGAGAGCUUUCUCAAGAUGCUCUGCAAAACGUUCGAAGGGAAACAGAUUAAAAAUGUUAAUCUGAGUGGCAACAAUAACAUGGAUCCUGAUCAAAUGAAAGCAUUUCUGGAUGCCGUGCAUCCUUUAAAACUUAACAUAAGCGACCAUGAAUUCAGCAAAGCUGGAUCAAACAUGAUGCGAGCUUUAAAUGUAGGUGAACUCAACAUGGAUUAUGCGAUGUUCGCGAAGGAUUUUAGCACCGAUGAUCUUGUUUACACUCUGAAUGGAGGACUCACGAAAUUAAGUAUGGUUAAUAGCAGCAUAACAACCGAUCAACUGAAGAAUAUCGCAACGUAUCUAAAAACCGGGAUAUCACUUCAAAGUCUGAAUCUCACACAUGUAGAACUCAGCGAAGAGGGAAUCGAAGCCGUUGCAGAAAUUGCGAACAAACCUGUUAACGGAUUGAACCAAUUGAACCUUUCUGGAUGUGGUUUGACCUCUGGAAAAUUGGCCGCGUUCGGGAAUAAGAUAGAAAAAAAAGUCGAAUUUCUCAUCAUUAGCAACAAUCCUAUUAAAGAUUGCGACACCUUAAGCAAAAUUGCCGGAAUCGUUCACAAAGCUUCGACAAAGCAACUGGAUAUGUCUUGUUGUGGUUUGACUGAAGAAGUUAUUCAGAAAUUUUUUUCAUCAGAUACAGAAACAAUAAACGUGGAGACUAUAGAUCUGAGUGAAAAUCCUGGUAUCGACCCGAAAGGGACUGGAAAUAUGGUGGCAAAAUGGGAAGUGAAGAAUCUUGACUUGAGCGAAUGUCUCUGGACUGCAAAUGACUUGAGCGAGUUCUCACAGUCACUUGGACAACACAAAUUAAAAUCCGUCGAUCUCAGCGAGCCCAUGGAACUUCCAACCGAGGACAAAAAAAAAUUGGUAGCAGAAAUAACAUGGGCGGAGAAUGUCGUAUACCGAAGUCGACUUCCAGACGAUAAAAAACUUUUCAUAUAAAGAGAAGCGGGCCCAGAGAUUGAAACGGGGAAUUUGUAAUUUUUACUCUGACUCCGGAAAACGUGGAAAUGCGACUUACCAGACAUUAUUAUAUAUGCAUCACUACUGCAGCCUAUAGAAAUAUACACAACAUUGUUAUUCUUUAUGAAAUAACUUCCUAAAGUAGGAGUGUUUAUUAUAAAAUAUUGUUAUAAGGCGUUUACUGUCGCCAAUACCAAUCCUCUGAUAUCUCAUUAUAUGAAAAGAGACACUAUUUUUAAGUACCGGAAUUUUGCAAUUUGAAGUCUCCGGCUCGGUAUUGACUACCCAAUACAAGUGGAGUUCUAUGCGGGCUCCCUUUUAGCCAAAUCUGCUGAAAUCCAAUCCUGCAACGAAUUUAUUUCCCCGAACUUUUUGACCCCCAAAGGCGAGCAGUCUACAUUCUUUAUAUAUUAACCCAGGGGUGUGUAAUCUGCGGCCCCCGGGCCCACAAGGAAAAAUUGUGCGGCCCGCGAAUAAGUGCCAAUCAUCAAUGGUAUGCGGACCGCAAAACGAGUUCUAAAUUUAGUUUAAUCUGGAACGUGCGAUCCAACUCCAAUCCCUUUGCCUUGUAAAGAACCUAUUAGUUAUCUUUGGUGA